AACUUUUCAUAGUACUAUAUGUUUUGUACUUCUCUCUCUUUCUUUCUUUCUUUAUUAUCCCUUUCUCCUAGUUUUCUACUCAAAUGCUUCUUUAAAUUCUUGUUUUCUCCUCUUAUGUCUAUGGGAAAAAAGGGGGAGAAAAGCUCAAAGAGAGAAAAAGAGGGAUUUUAAUUAAUUGAUUUUUUCGUCAUUUGAUUAUUGUGCUAGAUAGAAAUGGGUGAUUCUUCUGCUCAAUACAUCCACAUGGUGCAACACUUGAUAGAAGAGUGUAUAUUAUUCAGCAUGAACCAAGAAGAAUGCAUGGAUGCACUAUUUAAACAUGCAAAUAUUCAACCUAUUAUCACUUCCACAGUAUGGAAGGAAUUGGAGAAGGAGAACAAAGAAUUCUUUGAUGCAUACAACAAGAAAACUAGAGAGGAAAGAAGAUCAUCAUCAUCAAUACAAUUGGAGAUUACAAGACAAAGAAUCCAUAAUAUGAUGUUGGAAUCUUCCUCUAAUAAGAAUUCCAAUGACAAGUGACAACUAUAUAUUAUUUUAUUAUUAAUUAGUAGUUGAAUUUGUAUUAGCAAAUUAAGUUUUGCCUUCUUCUCUCUUCUUGGGAUAAUGAUGUUUGAUUUGAACUUUCAAAACUAGCUCUAUGGCUAGUUCCUUCAAAUAAUAAAACAAGAAGAUAGGGUUCAAAAGGAGGUGGUCCUAGGUUGUCUUAUUCCUAUAUAUGAUCAAUAUUCAAAUAAGAGAAAAGGUUUUAUAA